AUGGAUGGGCAUUUUGAAGCAACAGAGGAGUUGGACUUGGAGGGGUUCUUGAUGCAGGAAGGAAUGUACACAACAAUGGCAGCGGCGGCAGCAGCAGCUGCUGAUGACAAUGCUCGUACUACUUUCAGCUUCGAUAACUGGUGGCCUUUCCACCUUCCUGAGGUUCCUCAAGGAUUUGAUGAUUCUGAUCACUUCAUCACUUCUCUUUUUGUUGAUCCACCUACCCUUCCUUCUCAUUCUCCUCAAGAUCAGGCACUUGGGGCUCAAGCAGAGAAAAUGCUUCCAGAACAAGUACAGAAGCAACAACAGGACGAGGAGGAAGAGGAUGAAGAACAGGUGGAAGGAGAAGGAGAAAGUGAGGCUAAGAAGAACAAUGGGAAUGAGGGUACAAGUAGGAAUUUGGUAUUUGAAAGGCAAAGAAGAAAACGUUUGAAUCAACAGCUCUUGACAUUGAGGUCUCCUGUCCCUAGCAUUACAAAGUUAAGGGAGCUCUAUUGUUCAUUAUUUUUCUUGCUCUGUUUUCAGUCACACAUUUCCCAAAUAGAUUGUGGUUGA